UGGUUUUGCUUCAGGAGAGGCUAUGGCUUCAGGAAAGCAGACCCCUGCACAAAGAAAAGAGGCAAAAAGUACUUCACAAGUUCCCAGGAAAAAAGAUGAAAAGGAGUCGGUUAAACGAGGGGAACAAGGGGAACAAGCGAAUAAGAAGAAUAGUGCCGCAGGGAAGACUAUUGUAUCCGGAAAGAACAAGAGAAAAAUUGGUAUUGCUUCUGAUUCGACCCUAGAACUGACAAAUUCUGGCAAGAAAAUGCCCACGUCUCUGAAGCCUGAACCAAAAAUUUUGAAGAAAUCCUCAAAACAGAAACCUACAAAACUGAAAGAGGCAAAAGGCACUCCAAAAGUUGCUGGAAAAAAGAAUGAAAAAAAGGUGAUAAAAGGUGGCAAACAAGAAACUGAAAAGAGUCAAAGAGAUGGUGAAAGCAAUCUAAAUUCAACUAAUGGAAACAAAGGGAAGGAACUUAUCAAUGAAAAGCACGAGGAAGCGACCAAGAGGGAUCAAAAUGCUGAGAAAAAUCUUGGUGGACUUAUUUUGAUGUGCAAUGCCAAAACCAAAUCAGAUUGUUUCCAUUAUCAUGUCAUGGGCGUCACAGCAAACAAGCAAGAACUUGUAAUGAGUAUUAAACCUGGUCUGAAGCUUUUUCUCUUUGAUUUUGAUCUCAAGCUUUUGUAUGGAAUCUACAAGGCAUCUUCUGCUGGUGGCUGGAAACUUGAACCAGCUGCUUUUGGUGGGGCUUUCCCAGUUCAGGUCCGUUUCACCGUUCACAAGGACUGCCUUCCACUACCGGAGAGUGUGUUUAAGAAGGCAAUCAAAGAGAGUUAUGAUGAUAGAACAAAAAAGUUCAAGACUGAAUUAACUGCUCAUCAAGUAAAGAAACUGACCCUGUUGUUCCAGGCUGCACCAUGGUUAAACUCAAAUGCACAAUCUUCUGGUCAGGAAUCUCUUUCGGCACCAAUCAUCCACCCCCCAGCAGCUGCAACCAUACCAGGUGAGGACGCUUGCAGGGGACAAUCACAUAGAGAUCAUUACAGUAAUAAGGAAGCAGCAAGGAACCUUAUGCCAUCUGAUCGUGAUAGGAAGCAGUUCUCUAAGCACCCUGUCUCGCCCAAUGAUGUAGCUUCUCCUGACCCACUUUUUCUGUCUGAGAAAGACUAUAGAACUUAUGGGCUUCGAGGUGAAAGACAUCUUUUAACAGCUGCUGCUACUCCAAUGGGCACUGGUUUAGAUCCUCAGAGAACUGAUCAAGAAAGGGAACAGCUUCUGAAGAACUCUGCUCCUAUCCUUGGUGAUGCAGCUCUAAUCCAGCAAGACGCGGUUCAUCUUGAUCCGCUCUUUCUCAGUGAAAAGGAUUAUAGAACUUUUGGCCUCCAGGGUCGACAGAAACUGCCUGCAUUUGUUAGUCCCACCAUAGAAGUAUAUGAUCCUUAUCACUAUAGCACCAACCAAUUGGUGGAUCAGUAUCUUUCGCUGCCAAGGACAGUGGUAGCUCCUUCAGAAUCAUAUUCUCUGACCGGGAGAGAGACUUACAUAAAUGGCUCGAGUUAUGUAGAGAGUGAGACCAGAAAUUAUCCAGGAAGAAUGGUUCCUGAUGGUGGAGAAAGAUCAUAUUCAACAUAUGCUUCACAUGCACUAUCUGAUUACAAUCAGAAUUAUCACCAACAACUCAGGGGCGCUUCUGAAUUUCCAUCGACAUCAGUCUCAUCCCGAUAUUCCUUUGCAGGUCCUCCUGCCUCGUACCUCUGAGCCAAAGUUGAAUGGGUAUUAUUCUGCUCUCCCAAAUAGUACAGGUAACUUAGAGGUGUAGAAGCUGCGCCUGCUGAUUGUACUAGGCCAGAUCCAAUUUCUGCUCAGAUGUGCUGAUGGCAAGAUAUGAAAGCAAUGUGGUGACCUUGGAUGGUCCUUCUUGUCAAAAGGCGGUUUAACAAGUUUCUUCAUUAUUGUGCAUUAUAUUGUUGUACUUUUGAAUUUAGAUCUAUUUUAGUCAUGUCACAAAUGUUAGUCUGAGAUCUGACUGUUGGGUUCGAAAAUAGAACUGCAAAAUAUAUUUUGCACUUGUUUAGUGAUGUUAUCGGGCUGUGUUUGCAUCAUUGAUGACAGAGCUAACUAGUUUAAGCAUGACAUUGAUUGGGAAGCCAUGCACCAUGCAGCAUCCAUGGAAGCAUGUAAAUUCUUUUUCUGUGCCCUCGUAGGAUUUCAGUUUUCAAUCUCUAGGUAUCAGGGAUGUAU